CAUUGUAUCGCGAGUGGUUGCACUGUACACACGGAUGAAAUCGCGAGUGUAGUGAAGUGUUAAAAAUGUCAAACACAGUCUGGACUCCGCCGAACAUUGGCCAAAUCUGCCCCGAGCAGCAGGCCCCUUUAACUCAAUGUUCAACAACAGGAUUCGUGUUUCUGUCCUUACUAACUCAACUCUACAGUCACUCAAGGGAUGACCCUAAGAACGAAUAUCCAGAGUGGCAAGUACCAUCGUUUCGGGAUACAAAACCUAUAUCACCAGAAUUUGAAGCAGUGAUCAGUCAGUUUCCGGAACCUACACUUCCACCAUUAAGUUCGUCAAUACAAGACACAUUUUUUACCAAUAAAUUUCAAAAUACGUUUAAAACACCAAUGAAAAAUUGGGAGAAAGUGACAAGAGUCCACAGUCGCGGUCCCGGUGGCAGUCGAGGAUUAUCAGUAACAUCUUACUUCCCGAUAUUCGAUUUCGAAAAAUUCAACAAAAAAACUGAUAGCGAAGAAAGUGAAGAAUUCAAACGCGACCGUGAACGAUAUGCAUUUGAAAAUAGGGCGAAGAAGGAAGACUUGGAUAUGGCGUUUGAUAAUCCUUUUUCGAAGUAUCACAGGGACGCUGACUUUGAUUUUAUGAAGGAGAUCUUUACGGACUCUGAGCUUGAGACAUCAAAGAGUGAUAAAGUUGAAAUAAGGAAGAUGAAGAAGAUCGGUUCGAAGAAACGUCGAAAAAGGCAGACUUCGGAUCAAUAUGACUUCAUAGUGGUCGGGGCUGGAUCUGCUGGAUGUGUGAUAGCUAACCGUCUCUCUGAAGUAAAACAAUGGAAGAUUCUGUUAAUAGAAGCUGGCCCAGAAGAACCUGAGGUAACCAGCGUCCCAUCAUUUGCACCAGUUCUUGGUAGAUCCAGCAUUGACUGGAAUUACAGAACUCAACCAGAAGAAAUGACUUGCAGAGCUCAAAGAGGACAGACUUGCGCUUGGUUGAGUGGCCGUGUUAUGGGGGGAUCCAGUGCUAUAAAUUACGUGGUAUACAUGAGAGGUAAUAAAAAGGAUUAUGACCAGUGGGCUGCUCUUGGUAAUGAAGGUUGGAGUUAUCGCGAAGUUUUAUAUUACUUUAAGAAAUCUGAGAACAAUCAGAACAUCGAAGCCAAAGAUAUCGACCACCACGGAGUUGGAGGCCCUCUAAAUGUUGAAAGAUUUGCUUACACCGAUCCAAAUGUUGUAAUGCUAGUAAAAGCUUUUCAUGAAAAAGGUCUGCCAUUGGUCGAUUUUAAUGGGAAAAGACAAAUUGGAACAAUGACAACCCAAACAACCACAAAAGACGGUAAACGAGUGUCAGCCAAUGACGCAUUUAUAAGACCUAUACGUCACAAAAGACCAAAUCUUACAAUAUUAACAGGAGCUCAAGUGACAGAAGUAAUGUUCAAAAAGAAGGUAGCCAUUGGAGUUCGGUAUGUCAAAGAUGACGUAAUAUACGAAGUUUAUGUAUCUAAAGAAGUGAUUAUUAGUGCUGGAGCAUUAAAUAGUCCCAAAAUCUUAAUGCUGUCAGGCAUCGGGCCGAAAGAUGAUUUAGACGAUCUGAAAAUACCAGUUAUAAUGGAUUCCAAGGUUGGCUAUAAUCUACAAGAUCAUGUAACGACUGAAGCAGUUUUAAUGGGUCUAACCAAUAUGACGUCAACACUCCUGCCGACCAAAGAAAUAUUAAAAACCCUAAGCAGUUUUGCUAAAUAUGGGACAAAGUUUGAUGAAAUUUCAGCUACUGGUCCUUUACAAGUUACUGCAUUUUAUAGAACAAAACAUGCUGGAAAUGAUCAAACCAUUCCUGACAUACAAUUUCAUUUUGAUGGCAGAAAUAGAAGAGAUUUUUACUUAGAUCCACCUACAUAUUUAGCCACAAACAUUUUUCCAUUUUCUUCAUACGAUAGUAUCAACGUCAGACCAAUUCUCCUACAGCCAGCAAGCAGAGGAUACUUGACAUUAAACAGGACUAAUCCAGUUUUUGGCCAACCAUUAAUAUAUCCAAGAUUUUUCACUGUGAAAGACGAUUUAGACGCUUUGGUAGCAGCACUGAAGUACAUCGUCAAAUUAGAAAAGACGAAAGCAUUUAAAGAAAAUAAUGUUAAGUUUAUAAGAAGAAGAGUGGAACCGUGUAAUGAUCAUCCGUGGGGAACUAUAAAAUAUUUCUCUUGUAUUCUUAAAAGUUAUACGGGGACUAUUUAUCAUCCGGCUGGAACAUGUAAGAUGGGGCCACGACAUGAUGAAAACGCCGUGGUCGACGCUAGACUAAGGGUGUAUGGUGUACAAAAUUUAAGAGUUGCUGAUGCGUCUAUCAUGCCCCAUAUUGUUAGAGGUAAUACAAAUGCUCCAUGCAUGAUGAUUGGAGAGAAAGUCGCUGACAUGAUCAAAGAAGAUUGGGAUGUUGUCUUUUUCGAAUCUUUAGUGCGAAAAUAAUUAGAAACAAAUUUUGUUAAUGUGAGUCACAAGGAAAUCACACUUUAAACUAGGUACAAUGUACAGACAGUGUUAGGAUUUUUAGGGAGUGUUUUAGUAUCUAAAACCUAGUACAAUGAUAUCAGGCAAUAAUGGCAGACUUAUAACGUGUAUAAUUUUAUCACUUAUUGUCUUCUUAGUUCUUAAAAUGAGUGUUGGAGAGCCAUGCGAAUAGGCUGGCUCGAUCGGAGUGAUACCACGG